AGAGAGGUUCGUGCGACACGCUCCCCCGAGAUCUCCCACACCACGCGGGCAGCAGAUCCGCGCGGCCGGCGAGGUCUCCGGCCCGGAUCCCGGAGAUGGCGGGGAUGGAGGCCUUCGAGGCCUACUUCCGCCGCGCCGAUUUGAACCAGGACGGCCGCAUCAGCGGCCAGGAGGCCGUCGCCUUCUUCCAGGGCGCCGGCUUGCCGCAGCAGGUCCUCGCCCAGGUUUGGAUGCACGCCGAUAAGAACAAGACCGGCUUCCUCGGCCGGCCCGAGUUCUUCAACAUGCUGCGCCUCGUCACCGUGGCGCAGAGCGGGCGUCAGCUCACGCCCGACAUAGUGCAGUCCGCGCUCUACGGCCCUGCCGCUGCUAGAAUUCCACCUCCGAAGAUAGCUGCCGCAGGGCCAUCCCCUCCACAGCCGGGUGCGGCGGGUGCACCUAGGCCCCAAGUUAAUGCUGCGGCUACACCCGCUCCGGCGCAGGCUGGACCUCCGCAGAUGAAUCCGGCUGCCGCUCCGAGGCCGCAGGGAAGUGGGAUGAUGCCAACUGCCACUCAAACACCGCAGGUGAACGCUGGCGCUGUUCCGAGACCCCAGGGCAUCAAUUCGAUGAUGCCGCCUGCGAAUCAGGGUGGCGCCAUGCCGCCAAAUCAGUUUGCAGGGCCGAGGGGCACUCAAUCACAGCCUCCUAACAUGGGGUUCAAUCAGCAGCUCCCCCCUUCAAGCACUGGUUUCAUGAGGCCACCUCAGGCGGGAGCUCCUCCAACAUCGCUUCAGACAACUGGAAUGAAUCAAAGUCCACUGGGUGGAGGCGGCAUGGGAGGAUCACUUCAAGCAACUGGAAUGUACCAAAGUCCACUGGGUGGAGGCAGCAUGGGAGGAUCAGUUGGCUGGCAAGGAGGUAAUGCUGGAGGUUUCUCACAACCUUCCCCAGGACCAGCUGUUCCUCCGCAGACAACAUCAGGUGGAUUUGGUCUUGGAAUGUCUAGGCCAAUGGGCCUGGCUUCUGGGCUGCUGGAACAGGCAAUGUCUUCUUCAUCGUUGCCUCCCCAGAGCAAUAGUGCUGUAUUGCCUCAAGAUUCCAGAGCUUUGGUGCUAUCUGGAAAUGGCCCUGCCAGUAGCUCAGGACCAAGCACUGACAUCUUCUCUGCUCUUACGCAGCCAAAGCCAAGUACAUCCACACCUGCACUUCCAACAAGCACAAUGCCCAACUCAUCCAGCUUCAUGUCCACGCCAACUGCCUCCCAGAACUUCGCUAAUCUAACACAGCCUGGUUCUCUCCAAGGUGCCCCAACAAUGAAUUACGGUAGCAGCCAACCUCAACAGACGCUGCCCGCCACAAAGCCUAGUGUUCCAGCUCCAGGUGUUUCUGCUGGGGUUUCUAAUUCUACUUCUCAAUGGCCAAAAGUUAACCAAUCGGAUAUCCAGAAGUACACUAAAGUCUUUGGGGAUGUGGACAAGGACAGAGAUGGAAAAAUAACUGGCGCUGAAGCUCGCACACUGUUUCUCAGUUGGAGACUUUCAAGAGAUGUACUGAAGCAAGUGUGGGACUUGUCUGACCAAGAUAAUGACGGCAUGCUUUCUCUGAGAGAGUUUUGCAUUGCUCUUUAUUUAAUGGAGAGGCACCGAGCUGGAACUCCUUUGCCUCCAUCGCUCCCUGAUUCUCUUAAAUUUGACGAGACACUAUUACGAGCAACAGGCUUGCCUUCGACAGCAUAUAGUGCCCCAUCAUGGCAACAGAAUCAAGGGUUACCAAAUAGGGGCCCUGGCGCACCUGGGUUGCCUACUGGUGGUAUACGCCCACCCUUGCCACAACCUUCGCAUCCACAGACUGAUGGAGCUACAAGACAAGCGCAACCAAGAUCUUACAUGCCUGGUAUGGAUAAUCAUGUGGCACCUCAGGGAAGCAAAGAUGACAUAAGUGGGGUGAACUCAACUGCACAGGAGGUAGCUAAUGCUCCUAAGAAGGUUGAGGUGGAGAAGCAGAUCCUAGACUCUCGAGAAAAACUAGAGUACUACCGCACAAAAAUGCAAGAUCUUGUCCUGUAUAAAAGUCGGUGUGACAAUAGGCUGAAUGAGAUCACAGAAAGGGCAUCUUCUGAUAAACGUGAGGUGGAAUUGCUAUCUAAAAAAUAUGAAGAGAAGUACAAGCAAGUGGCAGAAUUAGCGUCCAAACUGGCAGUUGAUGAAGCUGCUUUUCGUGAUGUUCAGGAAAGGAAAGUUGAGCUUAAUGAGGCAUUAGUUAAAAUGGUACAAGGUGGAAGUGUUGAUGGUUUGCUUCAGGUUCGAGCCGAUCGAAUCCAACAUCAGUUAGAGGAGAUGGAGAAAGCUUUUAGCGAACGGUGCAAGCACUUUGGACUGCAAUUCAAGCCAUCAGCAUCGGUUGAGCUUCCCUUUGGUUGGGAACCUGGACAGCAAGAAGGAGCACUUGAGUGGGAUGAAGACUGGGAUAAAUUUGAGGAUGAAGGAUUUGGCCUUGUAAAGGACAAUGGUACAAUUGUUGAAAACCCAGCUUCUGAAAAUGCAAAAUCAUCAUCUCUUUGGGAUGAUGGUGUCAUGGAUUCCCCUGUUGCAUCUUCUAAUGGUCAUGCCAAGGAUUUCAAUCAUUACAGAGCUGGUGAUCAAGUGCCUGAGAGUGAAUUAGUUUAUGAUUUUGGUGACGAAUCUGUAAGGAGCCCUGGCAGUGCUGGAAGAAGUGCCUCUGGGAGUCCAUUUAAGUCUUCCCGUUUUGGGCAUGACUCCUCUCCCACCAAAAAGGGAACAUACAGUGAUCACGGUGGCUCUGAGUCUGUGUUUGGUGAUAAUUAUGCUGAUGAAACUUCAUGGAAUUUUGAUGACCAAGAUACUGAAUCUGUUUGGGGAUCUAAUGCGAAUGAGGCUGGCAAUCAUGGAAGUAACUCUUUCUUUGGGUCAGACGACUUUGGUGGAAACUCUGUUAGAGUGAGCUCUCCAACUGGCCCUAGCGUCUAUGGAAAGAAAAGUUCAUUCUUCGAUGAAUCUGUUCCAAGUUCCCCUGCAUACAUGUCUGGAUUCUCACCGAAGUUCGGCGAAAGCCGUGGCGAUAGCUCCUCGUAUAACUUUGGCAGGUUUGAUUCCUUUGCAUCCCAAGACAGCGUUGUCCCACAUGAACAAAGUCGCUUCUCCAGGUUCGACUCUAUAAGCAGCUCAGCGGGCGAGAACACAGCAGGGUUCGAUUCAUCAAACAGCUCAAGAAAUUUUGGCCGGUUCGACUCCUUCGAUGAGGCUGAUCCGUUUGGUUCGACCGGACCUUUUAAAGCGUCAGGAGCCCGGUCGCCCCCCAAGUUCUGAUAUGCAUGUCUGGUGUUACAAAGGAUUUGUCUCUUACAGAGUUCUUUGUCGAUGCAAGGCUCAGAUUGUCGGAGGAAACUACAGUGCAACGGAUCCAUUUUUUUGGUCGGCAAGUUAUUCUGUUCGCCUUGUGUGCAUUUUUUCCUGUACAUUCCCACGUACAGAGUGGACAUAUUUUGGUUGUGCUAUGUAAAGUAAUAUUCCAGAGUUCAUUUUUGUUUUGUUUAUAGUGACUUAUAUCUCUGGAACAACUACACACUGCGAGGAUCCUGUUUCAUUCUCUUGUGCAAUACAAAUGUCAAAAUUCGUUGUAAGAGACCAGGGCAGCUUCUGCAUCGUGUAAUCGUCUUAAGAUGAGUAUCUAUUUUCUUCUUGUGAGGAAAGA